AUGUCAUGGCCAAACCUCAACUUCAGUGGGAAGGACAGUUUCUUCAACGAGGAUGGUGGGAAGUCCUAUGUCUUGAGUGGGAGAACUUCAUUCCGUGGCUGCGUCAAAACACGACUUUUACCUAUAUGGCCUAAGGGGGUAAAUACGAAGGAGGAUGUUGAAAUGGCGAUAGAAUAUGGGGUCGAUGGAGUCGUGAUCUCCAACCAUGGAGGAUGGCAGUUAGACGGCGUUCCGGCUGCCAUUGAUGCCCUUAGAGAAUGUGAGCCUGUCACACGAAGAAAGAUCCAAAUUGCCUUAGAGGGUGGGAUCCGGCGUGGAUCAGGCACCUUUAAGGCUUUGGCUCUCGGGGCACAGCAUUGUUUUGUUGGGCGCGUCCCGCUUUGGGGUCUGGCGUAUAACGACCAAAACGGCGUCGAGCUGUCUAUGAAGACCACGAUGGCACUAGCUGGGGUUGUCGGACAAUUGCAGAUAUACGAUGAAGUCAUCUUUCUGUGCUUCAAGCCGACAGGACACUUGCCCGUCUGUGAGAAGGUAUAA